AUGGAAGUUCAACCGCCGGAUUCGUGGGAUUCUUUUCCACUCUUCCAAACGCUCAACGAUUUCUUGCUCAGUGAAAAAUCGCUGAAUGGAGGGAUUUUCCAUAAAAAGAUCACCAGUCAAUUUCAACCGUUGGUGGUUCGUUAUACGGACCUGAUGGAACACUCCAUAUCACAAUCAAUCGAUAAGGGAUUCUCUAAGGAAAAAUGGGAGCCUAGGAAAGAGGGUUGUGCCACUUCUGAGGACAUCUAUUGGAAGUUGGACGCUCUCCACACUUUCAUCGUGGAUUUGAACUGGCCUGAAGAGGAAUUCCGUAAAUAUUUGACUGUGAGAAUGAAGAGCUUGACGUCGGACAUGAUCUCAAAAGUGGCAAGCAGCUCUAAAACCAGAGCAACAAGGAUGUCCGUGGAUGCUGGAGAGUUCAAAUAUCAGUCCAAAUUGGACGAGACAUUGGACACGAUGCUCUCGGACAUGGAGACGUGUAUCCAAGACCGACUGAUUGGGGUACUGGAGUUCGUUCUGGGCAAACUUGCUCGAUACGACGAAGGCAACCCUAUCGGAGCUCUUCUUAGUAUGGCG